AACAACAUUUGCAACGAAAUUUUCACAAACAUUUCACUUGUAUUUUUGCACUUGACGAAGUUUCGCUUUCAUUUCAAGCUUCAUUGUUCAAUCAAUUUUUUGAUUCAAUAAUUAAAAAGUUUUGCAAUUGCAAUCAAUUUUCUUUCACACUCAUGUAACCUCAAAAUCAUCGAAAAAAGACUGAAAAAAACAUCGAGAAAAUUUCAUAAAACGUUUCAGCAUUUCGUUGAUUCAACAAUUCCAAACGUGAUCUUGUGCAUCGAACAGUUAGAACAGAAAAACUUUGUGAACCAAAUCAACUCAACGGCAUCAUCAACUUUCUCAGUUUAUUCAUAUUCUAAUUUCAAACUGUUGGAUUUGAACAAAUCAAAGGAAAUCUGAUAAAGGAAGGUUAAUUGAAGGUGAUUACAAGUGUUUAUUGAUAAUUAAUCCAGUCAAUCAAUGGCUUUUGUUCGUUGCUCCAUUUUUAUCCUCCUUCUUGGGAUUUGGCCUUUGGUUUGGGCUUCAGAUUCAGUUGAACCAUCAUUUGAUCAUCAGUUGAACUCUCGUGAAAGUAAGGAUGGAAAAGAACGUAUUGAUGGCUUAAGCUACUUUUUGGAUAAUCAAAGGUCUCUUAUUCCAUUAGUUUCAUCGCCAUCAUCUUCAUCUUUAUCAUCAUCUUCUUCACCUUUGACUCCAUCAUCUCCAUCAUCAGCUUCAUCAGUGGCAACUUUAUUAAGGAACAGCAACAACAAUAAUUUGUAUGAUUUAUAUGGUACCAAAGGAAACAGUUAUUUAGCUACAUCAGCUGACGAGAAUGAGAAAAAUUUUGCUGAUGAUUAUGUUGUCGAUUUACCUGGCAAGAGAAGAUUUAUACCGCUUCGAGGACGUAAGGAUGAUCUGUUCUUUCAUCCAAGAUCAGACUCAUUUUACACAGCCUUCGAUGGCUACAGGAAGAAAGCCGCUUUCACCGGAAUGAGAGGUAAAAAGAUGGAUUUAUCUUCACCAGUCAAUAAUAGGCAAGGAGCAUUGAUCAGAAACAUGAUGAACAGGAACGGUUAUGGAGCCAUGGACGAUUCACCUUUGAUCAGUUUCGCCAAUCUUAAUGAUGUCGGUGCUUAUAAGCGUAGUCGACCUUUUGCCGCCAUGCGGGGUAAAAGAUCAAUUCAAACGUCAAAUUUGUUACCAUUUUAAGGAGCAAAAAAGCAACAGCAAUCAAAGAAGAUCAUGCAAACGAUUAAGAAAACAAAAAUAAUGAUAAAUCUAUAAAAAUAUUGUUAUCAAAUUCAUAUUUAUCAGCUAACUUGAAGUUAAACUUAAAAUUAGAUGUGAAUAAUAUUCAGUAGAGAGCAUAAAAAUUGUCAACUUUUUAUGCUUGUUUUAAAAUGGAAUCUCUCAAAUUAGGCUUGAAAAUCAAACUAAUUUCAGAGAUACCAAUUAGUAUCCAGAGAAUACGAUUUUUACUGGCAAAGUGUCAGCAAAUAGAGCAAAAUUUCGAUGUAAAAAUUGCUGUUAAAUUGGCCUCGAUUAAAAAAAUCCGCAAAAAA